AAGAAGCACUUUUGUGUACUGGCCCUUAAAAUCCUGCCCGACGUAUUCUCUCGCUCAUUCUACGAUUUCAAAGACUCAAAUACUCUAACUCUCAUCAUGACUGGACGUGGUAAAGGUGGACAAGCCAAAGCUAAAUCUAGGACAAGGUCCUCAAGAGCUGGACUUCAGUUCCCCGUAGGUCGUGUCCACAGACUCCUCCGUAAGGGAAACUAUGGUGAACGAAUCGGUGCCGGAGCACCAGUUUACCUGGCUGCCGUCAUGGAGUACCUCGCAGCUGAGAUCCUCGAGUUGGCCGGCAACGCUGCCCGUGACAACAAGAAAACCAGGAUUAUCCCCCGUCAUCUUCAACUUGCUGUGAGGAACGAUGAGGAGCUCAACAAGCUUCUCGCCGGUGUAACCAUUGCCCAAGGUGGUGUCCUGCCCAACAUCCAGGCAGUCCUUCUGCCCAAGAAGUCCGGUAGCACCAAAGCCGGCAAGGGAAAAUCCAGCUCACAGAGCCAGGAAUUUUAAGCAGCUCCCACUGCAACAUUAAACGGCCUUUAUAAGGGCCCCAACCUUCAAAAAAGAAAACUUCUUAUGUGAC